AUGUCCACCUUCGACUCUGACCUUCGUGCUUGUCUUCUCGACUCUGACCUUCGUGCUUGUCUUCUCCAAUAUGUUUCGCUCAAGACCACGAGUCGCGUCGACUCUGUUGUGUUGAAUGGGACAGAGUUUGCACGUCCUGAACCCGCAGCUAAGGGCCAGGAUAUGCAGCACUUUGAAGAAUGGGACUUCGGUCAGGGUACAUGGAUUUUUGCUAUGAUUUUGGACGGCCAUGGUGGAAUUAGCAGCGACUUGAAGUUGAACGAUGCAGCGGAGUUCAUCCACUCAGAGCUGCCUCCUCUCAUCAAAGCCGCUGUUGCAGCGAGGCUGGCCGCUACCCGAAGCCAUUGUCUCCCAGAUGCAGACAUGGCGAAAAUUCUGUCCGAUAACCUAGUUGCACUCGAUGACCGCAUCAAGGACGAUGUUAUCGCUGCCCUCGCUGAUGAAUCGAUGCCGAACCGUGAUAUCCUCUUGGGUAGAGCUGUAACAGGAACGACGGCUUGUGUCGCGGUAGUGGACCCUUCUCGCCGCGUUCACGUCGCCAACAUUGGCGACUCGGACUGCUACCUGGUCUCGGGCACGACGAAGGAGGCGGCCCAUUUGACACCCCAUCAAAGUUGUACCAACCCCGCCGAAAAGCAGCGGAUACUCGACGAACAUCCCAAUGAGUCCAGCUCAGAUCUCUUUCAUGCCAGAAGACUCUUCGGGCGACUAAUUCCAAGCAGAGGUAUCGGCGAUUUCCCGCUCAAGCUUGCGGCGCCAGAGGUCAAGAAACUGCUCCUGUGGAUGAAUAUGGCGGGGGUUGACGUUGAAACGGACUCAGCCGUAUUGCAUAACCACACCCCGCCCUAUCUCAGCAACAAACCCGACAUCAUACACGUCCAGGCAAACGAAGGGGACUUUCUCGUACUUGCAUCGGACGGGCUUGGCAGUCAAGUCUGGUUCAUGAACGACGGGGAUAAUUCGGUCGAAACUGUCGGCCGAGUUUGUGCCGCGGGUCUGGUUGACCAGCCCAGAUCUGGCUUCAACGCUGCGCUCGAGAUUAUUUGGCAAGCCUGGCUCGGUGUCGUCGACUGCCACCUGUAUCGUUUGGUUGUGGACAAGUAUUCGCCUUCUGGUCGUGUUGAUGACAUUGCCAUAGUCGUUGGUCGUCUAUAA